AUGAUUCCUACAUUGUUUUUCUUCCCCUUGGUCCUACUUACAAUACCUAUAACCGCACAGUCUUCAUCUUCCUCCGCAUCGAAUACACCUAUACCUAGCAGCGCUACCGAAACGAUCGUCGAUGUCUUCAGUACCUUUACGAGCACCUACUCCGCCGACUUCUCGAGCGGUCUCCCGGGCAUUGUCCUGAGCACGUUUACCUCCGGACGGCAGAAUGCCACCGCUACCUCGUCGACGACAACACAAGAGGUGACAGCCAUAGUCGGGCUGUCUCCUCCGACUGAAUCCUCAAACGGCACUGCUUCAACAACCACGACAACUGCUCGUCCAAGUCCGACUAAUACUCAGCCCUGCAAUGGAUACGUCGAGUUUUGCCAGAGGAGGUUUUCCAACAUCUCUAUGGUCGUCGCACAUAACAGCCCUUUCGUGAGGCCGCACAAUGCAGCCAGCAACCAAGACUACCCAGUGCUUAAUCAGCUCAAUGAUGGAGUUCGAGGGUUGCAGUUCGAGACCCAAAACCCCAACGAGACCUCCGCUAUACGCCUCUGCCAUACCUCCUGUAACCUGCUCGACGUGGGUACCCUCGAAUCAUACCUCGCAACGGUCAAAGGCUGGCUCGACCAACACCCAUUCGAAGUCAUUGCUAUCAUGAUGGGCAACAACAACGGUCAGGAUACCCGAAACCCAGCGACAGACUAUAUCGCACCUUUUCAAAACUCAGGAAUUAUGGAAUACGUAUGGACACCGCCUUCGGCUAGUCUGAAUCUGACAGACUGGCCCACAUUGGCCGAGAUGAUUAUUAGGACUAAGCGUGUCGUGGUGAUGUUGGACUAUGGCGCAGACCAGGAACAAGUCCCGUGGCUGCUCAGCGAAUUCAACUAUCAGUGGCAAACACCCUUUUCGCCGACCGAUCCCGCGUUCCCUUGCACGGAGCAACGACCCCCGAACCAACCAGAAGAAGUCUCACGCGAGCGCAUGUACGUGAUGAACCACAACCUGAACAUCGAAGUCAGUCUCCCAGGCGUGAGCAGCAUCCUCAUACCAGCAUACUCACUCCUCGAUGAGAUCAAUGCUGUGUCUGGAAACGGUAGCGUUGGUCUUAAUGUACAAAACUGCGAGAAAAUGUGGAAUCGUCCGCCGAAUUGGAUACUCGUCGACUACUACAACUACGGCAGCUUUAAUGGCUCUGUCUUCCAGGUUGCUGCGACGGCCAACAACGUCACGUACAACGAGCAGUCGUGCUGUGGCACAGAGGGUACCAGCGCGGCGCAUGCUCUGAGAAGCCAAGGGCUGUCCAUAGCUUCAUUGUUCGUUGGCGCUUAUCUGUUGUGGUGA